AUGGCACCCUUUCUCCAGACCGGCCUCGCGCUGCUCCCCCUGCUGCUCGCAUCUAGCGCGGUCAGUGCCUCUCCCCUCGCGCCUUGCGCUGACACGUGCGCAACCAAAGGCCGUCCCGCCGGCAAAGUUCUCCAAGGAUACUGGGAGAACUGGGACGGGGCCAAGAACGGCGUGCACCCGCCCUUUGGCUGGACGCCCAUCACGAACCCGGUCAUCCGCCAGCACGGCUACAACGUCAUCAACGCCGCGUUCCCCGUCAUCCACCCAGACGGCACGGUCAUGUGGGAGGACGGCAUGGACGCGGGCGUCAAGGUGGCGACGCCGGCGGAGAUGUGCGCGGCCAAGGCGGCGGGCGCGACCAUUCUCAUGUCCAUUGGCGGCGCCACGGCCGCGAUUGACCUGAGCUCGGCGGCGGUGGCGGACAAGUUUAUCGCGACCAUUGUGCCCAUCCUGAAAAAGUACAACUUUGACGGCAUCGACAUUGACAUCGAGUCCGGCCUCACCGGCGGCAGCAGCUUCAGCAGCCUGUCCACGUCGCAGACCAACCUGAUCCGCAUCAUCGACGGCGUCCUCGCGCAGAUGCCGCCCAACUUUGGCCUGACCAUGGCGCCGGAGACGGCCUACGUCACCGGCGGCAGCGUCACGUACGGCUCCAUCUGGGGCUCCUACCUGCCCAUCAUCAAAAAGUACCUCGACAACGGACGCCUCUGGUGGCUCAACAUGCAGUACUACAACGGCGCCAUGUACGGCUGCGCCGGCGACUCGUACCAGGCCGGCACCGUCGCCGGCUUCACCGCCCAGACCGACUGCCUCAACAAAGGCCUGACCAUCCAGGGCGUCACCAUCAAGAUCCCGUACGACAAGCAGGUCCCGGGACUGCCCGCCCAGCCCGGUGCCGGCGGCGGCUACAUGUCCACCGCCAACGUGGCCCAGGUCCUGGCCCGGUACAAUGGCGCCUUGAAAGGCCUCAUGACCUGGUCGAUAAACUGGGACGGCUCCAAGGCUUGGACGUUUGGUGACACCGUCAAGGCUGCGCUGCGAACUACCUAA